ACAACACGGCAGGGACUCCUGGACUUCGGACUCUCGAGCACAACAGUCGUGCAGCUUCCGUAUAUAUAUACAUACAGAAGCACUGCAUCUGCAAACACUUAUAAAACACUCAAAUCCUUGAGAUCAUCAGCAUAUCGCAGCUAUGAAGGUGCUCGUGAUAUUGGCCAUUGCAGUUCUGUCUGACUGCCAGGCCCACCAGCUCUAUGGGGAUGAAUCAAAGGCACAGGUGGAAGUGUUGAUUGACUCUUUCUGGAACUACAUUGCCAAAGCCACUCAGACGGCAGAUGACAGUCUGCAGAUGAUCAGGGAGUCUCAGUUCGGACAGGAAGUCAAUGCUCGUCUGGAGGAGAGUGCUUACAUAGCCAGCACGUAUGCGGUUGCCCUCAAGGAGCAGCUCCCCCCCGCAGCUCAGGACCUGGUGGUCAAGAUCAGCACGGACGCCGACGUGCUGAGGAAGGUGCUGACCGACGAGCUGGCCUCUGUCAAGAACAGCCUGGAGCCCUACGCUGAGGACAUGAAGGCUCAGAUCCAGCAGAGGGUGGAGCAGUUCAAGCAAGAGCUCAUCCCUUAUGCUGACUCCCUGGACUCCGAGGCACUGAGGAGCACUCUGAUGCAGAGGAGCCAGGAGCUGAAGACCAGCCUGGAAGAGAGUAAACAGGACAGCGUAGCCCCCAUGACCAAGAAGGUCCAGGUUGAGCUAAAACAUAGAGCCAACUUGGUGAAACAAAUGGUGGCCCCCUAUGCCGAGGACCUGAGAGAGAAGCUUGACCCUUACACGCAGGACAUCCAGGCCCAGCUCAUGUCCCUGUACCAGUCGUUUGUGAACACUGACUAAGUCUCCGUUGUGUUUCGACUUCUGUUGCUCCUGAAUAACAUUGUUUACCUUUGUUUGAAGCACGUGAUGAUUUCAAUGCACGGAUUGUAAACAGUUGCAGAUACCAGUAAUGUAAUAUUUAUUAAUAUGCGCAAUAUUUGUGAAGCAAAUGUUUGCAUGGUUCAAACGUGUAUAUACUUUUUAUAAUAAUAUAUUGUAAUGCCUGUAACUGUGCGUCUUUUGUAUAAUUUCGUCAAAUAAAAAAGUUUCUGGGA